GCAUUUAUUUGUUCUAUGUGCCAGAUAUUGUAUUAUAGAAACGACUCCCUCACACCAGCCCCAGCCACGGGGAAUAAUCUGCUAGCCGUGCGCGUGUGCGCAGACUCCCAGCUCCCCCUUUCUCCCCCCUCCCCCUCCCCACCUCGUACCAAGUACCCCAGCGCAACUUCAGUAACUAAGAAUGACUCGAGCCGCUGCAGUCGGUUGAGGGGACGCGGGGUGGGAGGGACCGGGAUGGAGCCAAGCCAAAUGGAAAAAAGGCUUUCUGAGCUUAAUCAAUCUCAGCGAACCAAAAUCCACUCGCUGUUCAGAGUUCCUUUUCUUCGCAGGAGCGAACCCCAGGUUAACGACAAGAUGAUGGAAACAAGAAACUUGGACUCCAUCUCUCAGGCCUCCUCCACUCGGCUAUUCUCAUCGAGGAUUGAUCCAUCUAGAGAUGGGAACAAGGAGGGGACAGGCCGAAAGCUGUUGAACAUGCUAAGAAAAACUCUUAAAGGGAGUGAGAGUAAAGAAUUGGAGGCAGUGCAGGACAUGCCAGCUUUGGUUCCAUUUGGUGAUGUGGUUGGCUGCCUGGCUGUUCAUAUAAAGAGAUGCCGACAUUUUUCAUCUAGGAUCAACUUACAGUAUUACUCAAAUGUGUUUAUUCGCAUCACUGUAAACAAGAUCAUGAAAUACACUAAAGCUCAUUCCUUGAAUUGGAAGAAUAAUGAAAGGAGACCUGGAAUUAAAUUUGAAGAAGUAAAAUACUUCUCUGUACAGGUUCCAAGACGUCAAGAUGAUGGAAGGAAUAUGAUUUAUUUGGAACUCAUGAAAUUUGGUCACUUGGAAGCAUAUCCUAUAGUGUUGGGAAGUUUUAGCUUACAUCUUUAUGAAAUAAUUCAGAAAGGAUGCUUCACAGAAGAAUUUUUUAUGAAGAUCAGAAACCUGGUUGUCUGCAAGGUUGAAGUGGAGUUUAUGUUUUCCUAUGGAAACUUUGGUUAUGGCUUUUCACAUCAGUUAAAACCACUUCAGAAAUUUAUUCAGCCAUCCAUGUUUAUGCACGUCCCCCCACCUGUAGAAAGAACAGACCCUCUAACAAAUGUUAUCACACCACAACUAAUAGAAUAUCCAGCGUUCCUAUCUCCAGACUUGAAUGUUACUGUUGGGACACAACAAAAACAGAGUCACCCAUCAUCUCCCGUAAGACUUGAAAAACUUCAGCAACAACCUCGGGACAGGCUUGACAGAAUGAAAAAAGAAUACAGAAAUUUGAAAACAUGGGAAGAAAAAUCCAGGUAUUUAGACCAAAUUCUUCGCAUGAAAACAGAAGUGAAAGAAAAUACUGACUCUAGUGAUACUGAUGGCAGUGAUACCUUAUUUAUGAAGUGUGAUUCUCCACCUUUAUCAAAUUUCUCUCAGUCAUCAGAAUUGCCCUUAAAAAAGCAAGAUCAACCUCUUCCAUGUGAGUUUCCUGUCGAAACACUUGAAGUUAAAAAGAACCCAUCCUUGAUAGAAGUGAAACAGGAAUCUCCAGAUUCAUGUUUGAUUCUUCAAGAUGCUGAAACAAAAAAGGAAAGCCUUCCUUCUGAGGAGAGGACUCCUUUACCUUCUUUUUCAUCAAGAGAAAAAGACAUUUCUGCAGAAUAUAUAGAUGGAAGAAAUGAUGAACUAGUAUGUGAAAACACUGGAUCUAAAGGAGAAACAUCAGAAAGAUGGAUCUUAGACUCAGCUUCACUAGAAGCAAAGCCAAUACAGAGCAAUAAAAUCCCAGGAAGAAUAAGCCUAAUUCAUUCAGAAACAAAGUUGAAAAGCAUCAUUUUAAGCCCAUUUAAAAAAAAGAAAAGCACAGAUGAACUUGAAUUAGAAAAGAGGCAGACUUUAAUGCAAGAAAACAAAAAGAGCUCAGAACUUCUUCAGGAGCUAAAAGAAGACAUUGAAGCAGUUGCAAAGAUGCAUCUUUCUCGACAUGUUUCCUUUACUAUUUUGCAGGGAGCUACAGAAUUACCCUCAACAACAAAUCUGCCAAAAGAAGAUGCUUUUGAUGAAGAAUAUUCUAGCUUGGAUGAAACUAUAAUCACACAAGAGGAAGAGGAAAAAUAUCAGGAAAGAGUAGGUGAGAAGGAUGAAGACAGUGAAGAUAGUGACUACCACGGCAGACAGGGAAUGUGGACUUGGAAGAGUACCUAGUAAACAUUGACCAGGACUCUCCCAAUAACAAAAAGUAAGCUCUAUAUUUAACCUCUUUUAAGCAUCUUGAAAAAGCAAAAGCAAAAGGGAAGAGUUUACUUGGGAAGAAGCCCAGAUGAUAACCAAUAUCUAUGUUAAAAUCUUGCAAGA